AUGGCGGAUCCGAAUGGAUUCAAGCUUUUCAGAUCAGUUGAUCCGACGACCGUCAACGUGCCGAUCAAGGAGAAAUUCGCCAAACUGACGCUUUCUUCGAACAAGAAACAACAGUUAGCUCGAAAAACUACGCCGCAACCGAAGCCCCAACUAGAGCAGCAAUCAGCUAAAAACAGUAACGUGAGUCGACAAUUGCUGGGCGAGCUAAAUGAUCUAGCUGUUGCCAAAUCCUACGAGCAUCCACUGCUGCGCAGCGAUUCCUCAUCGUCCCACACAAUGGGGCAGGAGCACACGCCAAAAGCAGACGACGCCAGGUCGCAGCUCGAUGUCUCCGACUAUAUGGAAACGCUCCAUAUGAGCUGCACACAGCAGACAAUCGACGUGGAUGUGGAAGCCCUAUCCACGCAGGUGACCAAUCUGACAAUGCAGUCCGAAAAGAGGCUGCCGCAGGAGGAAUCCAUUUGCAUCUCAUCGACCACUGCAGAAAGUGACGACGAUAGUGCUUCGUGCAUUACCAUAUCAGAUAGCAGUGUAAGUGAGCAUGGACAGCAGCAAACUGUUGACAAGGAACCGGAGCAGACGAGCAUGGCGGUCAGCGAGCAACUGCCUCCAACAGCACCUAACCUAUCCAAUGCCAAGGUGCAGCGCAUAGAAGCCUUUCUGCGUGACGUCUCCUUCGAGCGCCAUGAGAUUCUACGCCGUGGCUGCACGGACAUGUCAGGUGACAUCACACGACUGGCCAGUGCUGACACGGAAUCCAUGAGCAUAGGCGACGUGGACUGCACGGAACUGCUGUCUGUGUCCCAGUGGCAGGCCGAUAGCAGUAAACGCCUUGCGGACAACGAUACGGAGAUCGGUCCAACGUGCUCCGAAGAGCAAGUGGAUAGCAGCAAACGCCUCGCAGACAACGAUACGGAGGUCAACACAGUGUGCUCCGAGGAACAAGUGGAUAGCAGCAAACGCCUCGCGGACAACGAUACGGAGGUCAACACAGAGCUCAACACCGUAUGCUCCGAGGAGGAAGUGAACAGCAGCAAACGCUUGGCGAACAACGAUACGGAGGUCAACACAGUGUGCUCCGAGGACAGCAGCAAGCGGCUGGCAAACGAUGACACAGAGGUAAACACACCCGACUUGGAGGUGCCGCUAUCCGAUGUAUCUGGCCAACUGUCAACUCUGGAUGAAACAAUUCCAGAGACCAGCAGUGAGCUGGAGCACUCGCCGGCUAAACCCGCUUCUGCCUCAUCGGCAGAGCCACAGGAAUCAGAGCAUUCGGCCGUCAUACAAGUGAGCAGCAUUAGUAUAUCGGCAAGGAUCAACAUUAAGAUACACAUACCCACGCUGGACUCGAGCUCGGAAGUGGAGCAGAGCAUUAUAGAUACGACGCCGACGUCAAAGGAGCCCCCCGACCUUUGUCAGCAGAAAGAGCAGAAGGAGCAGGAAAUGGAGAAUGAGCAAGAGCAUGAUCGCGAGAAGGAGCAGGAGCAGGAACAGCAGCAAGACCGAGAGUGCUCUGUUCUGGGUAGCGAUGCUUCUGAGGAUGAGCAAUUUCUGACACAAGCUGAAAAGCUGUUGAAUCAACUGUAUGGCAAAUCCUGGCAAACUCCGGACGUCAUACGCACACUGAAACGUUCCAGCGGCAGCGGGGGCAAAACUGCGUCCGUUGGAGCGGUAAGGCGUACGCCACUCACCGAGAUCAAGCGUCAGCCCAGGCAGCCCAAGGCAGUGACAGCUAAAAAGGCGGCCCAGGCGGCACACCCCAAUGACAGUGGCGUGGGUGACUUUAGCAUUUUUAGACGGGCUCUAAACUCCAAUAAAUUCAACUCCACGCAACUGCCCAGGGCCGUCUGCAGCGAGAGGCGUCCAGGCAGGCCACAGGUGCGCACCAAACACAUUGACGAGGAACGCUGGCGGGCUCUGAUCGAUACGGACAGUGGCACGGAUGCCUCCGAUGACGACGAUGCCAAUGCCACGGAGAGCAGUGAGACAAGUGAUGACGAGGAGGAGGACAACGGUCACGUCACCUACUUGGAUCUGACCAAGAAAGAGGUCGAGGUGGUCAGCGAUCCGGAUGAGCAGGUUACUGGAUCAUCCAAACAACACAAACGACUUGAUGAUAUUUUGCGGAAGUGUCGGGCCACAGAUAAACCGAAGCUACCAGCGACGCCAGCGACCCCAGUGACGCCAAUGACAACACCAGCCUCAUCGAAUCCCACACGCCGGCAGCUAUUUACACCCAACACAGGCUACGAGGACAACAGUGAAGCUAUCAAAAUAGUUGAUCAGGCGAUCGAUCUGAAUAGUUUGGAGCAAUUGGAGCUUAUAUAUUUACCGGGCACUAACGUGCACAAGCGCAUCCAGGAAGUGAAGAAACAGCUCGGGAUGGAAGUGGCAACGCCCAAAGCUAAGCCGGUAUUUAAGAAGCGGACACCAAAACCCAGUCCACCUCCAAUCAGGGCUGGGGUGCCAGUCCAGAAAGAGAUCGCAUUGAGUAAGCCAUGUGGCUUCUUAAAAUCGCUGGAGCCGGGUAUCCCUCGUGAACUAUGUGAGAGUACAGCAUAUUACUAUCGUGAAAACUACAUGAAAGUUAAGGAUCGCUUGACCAAUGUGUUAUACAAUAUGUAUAACUCUCAGGUAUUCAAUGAAGAACUAAAAGUGGAAGUCUCCUGGACGGCCAGGCUGCGUAACACGGCCGGCAAUUGCCGCAACAGGACCGACCGGAAUGGAGUGCGCAGCAGCAAGAUCGAGCUGAGCGACAAGGUGCUCACCAGUGCCGAUCGUCUUCGCUCAACUCUAAUUCAUGAGCUCUGCCAUGCCGCUGCUUGGAUAUUCAACGGGGCCAGCGGACAUGGCGCCGUCUGGAAGAGCUGGACAAAGCGUGCCAAUGACAAGUUUCCAGAUUUGCCACCAAUCACUGUAUGCCACAAUUACCAAAUUGACUAUAAAUACACUUACAAAUGCAGUGGUUGCGGCGCCUCAUCAAACGCUCACUCCAAGUCGCGCAAGAAGAACGGUCUUCACUGUCGCUUCUGUCAUAUUCCAGUUGAUAUAUUUCUAAACAAGAAAAACAAGCUGGGCGUCAUUGUACAGACUCCGGUACGCCCGCCAUCGGGCUUUGCCAAAUACGUUCAGGAUAACUUUCAGAGAUGCAAACGAAAUGCUGUGGGUGGAGAUGUGAUGCGCAUCCUGGCUGCCGAGUAUGCAAAAGAGAAGGCCCUUACUAAGCAGUCAGCCAUCACCGAGCAAAUGUUAAAUUUGUCUUUAGUUAGUGAUUAGAAAUCAAUUCGAAA